GGCCACAUCGACAUCCCAGACGUGCUGGUGGAGACGGUGUGUGACAUGCUGCGUGACAUCGAGUAUCGACGGGAGUAGGACACCAACGUCAUCGACACACACGACAUCGCCGGGGUGGCUGCCAGUGCUGAUGUAGGCUGCUAUGCCGCAAAGCCCUUGAAGAACAGGGAUGUGGUGACACCGCGAUCCUGGCAGGCUGAGGAUGAGUAUCACACCGUUAUCAACUUCUCUGUCAAACACCCAUUGUUAAAGAAACUGCGCAAGGCCUGUGUGAAAUACCCUGCCUGGAAGCAGCAGCAUGAUGCAAACAUGAACUGGCUGCAGCCUGAGCAGAAGCAGCUUCCUCUCUUGGCGCUGUCGGAGCUGGCGCUGCAGUGUGCUGCCUCGCUGGAGAACAUCGAUGAAGGAUGA